GCUAGUAUAUUGCCUCAUCUCGACUGAUACAGUUGGCAGCGACUUAAUUUUGAGCUUGUAUUAUUAUAACCUAAAAAUGCUGCGUUUAGUCGUCUUGCUGGUAGCGGCGGUUGCUGCUUCUGCUAAUGUUAUCCAUGAAAGCAAUUGCCCUGUGUUGAAGCCGGUAGAAAACUUCAAUUUAACUGCUUACCAAGGCACAUGGUAUGAGAUCUCCAAAUACCCGAACUCAGCGGAGAAGAACGGAAAAUGCGGCUCGGCCGAGUACAAACUGGAAGGAGAAGUGAUGAAGGUGAAGAACAUCCACGUUGUCGACGGCGUGCAGACGUAUAUUGAAGGCUCGGCUAAGUUAGCUGCCGAUGCUAAUAGGGCUGGAAAGCUAGUCGUCUCAUUUAAGUUUGGAGAUGUGACUAAGGACUCCCCACUGAAUAUUCUGGCGACGGACUACACACACUACGCCAUUGCCCACAGCUGCAAAUACGACGAGAAGAACAAGAACCACCAAGAUUUCGCCUGGAUCUUGUCCCGAAGCAAGAAACUCGAGGGUGAGGCCAAGACCGCCGUAGACAACUUCCUGAAGGCCAACGCAAAGGAACUAGACGCCACCAAGUUCGUCCAGACUGACUUCUCUGAGGCAGCUUGCAAGUUCACCAGCUCGAGCCUCAUCACUGAAGCUGUGAAGCACCACUAAUUUUACCUGCGAUUUUGACAUGACGUUCAGGAUUUUUAUACCAUGAUAGACAGUAAGGUCUUACUUUUUCGUCUUUAAAACGUUUUGAAACUGAAGCACUAUGACGACUCUGAUUUCACCAGAUAAUUUGCCACAGGGCUACGGAUUUUUAUACCGUGAUGGACAUUAUAAUAAUUUAUUUCUUUCAUCUUUACCUUUGAACUUAAACUUUUUCACGAUUAGCAUUUUCAUUUCAGCAAACUAAAACAUACCCAAAAUUCUGAAUUUUUCGUUAUCACUGAAAUGAUCUUGAUUAAUUAAAACGUUUUUCUGUCAGACCAAACCAGAUAAUAACUAUAAAAUAAAUAUUAGAUAUAAACAAUAAGUUUCAAAUGCCUUUUUUAAUUUAAAAAUACAUGAAACGAACUUUUUUUUUCAAUAAAAUUCCAGUAUGAAUGUCUCUUUUCUGUAGAUUAUAAAGUGGGUUAAAUGGACAAAAGGCUUGUGUUAGAAUCUGAUUUAUUUCAUACCUUUUAGUUUACAAAGCAUUCUGCUUUGCGAGUUUAUAAAAAUAACUAACAAGUUCCCAUCAUAAUAUUUUGCAGUUCUUUUUAAUUACUACACCAAACACUUUAUAUGUGGCGCAAUCAGUACAUUCGCAAUCGCCUACAUUGUAUAUUACUGACUCUGUAACUGUGUCUCUUUUGUUUCCUUUAUGUACAAUAAAGCUUAUACAUACAUAAAUACAUACAAUCUAUUUGGAUCUAUUAAAAGAUAAAAAUGAACAUCCUUUUUUGACCUAUAAUACUUUACCCAGAGUAAGAGUAGGUAUGAAAUAGCAAUGAAAUUUGGAAACUAAAUAUGACCUUUUUCUAUAUAGACAAUUAAAGGCUUAAUAUGUGAUAGUUAAUGUAGUUUCACCAAAUUCAGGCAUUACCUACUUGAAAAAUUGUGUAAUAAAUAAAAACAUGCUUUUUA